AUGGCUUCUCGAGCUCUUCCACGUCUCGCAUGCCGCCUCGGGCUGGCCAGGCAAUCUCUAACUCUCAAAGCUGGUGAACUCCCUCGACCGCCCUACUCUCAUCCCCAACGCUACACCCACACUUUCACACGAAAUGGCGGACCCCUGCAGGGUGUUCGCAUCCUAGACCUGACACGCGUGCUAGCGGGCCCUUUCUGUACCCAGAUACUCGCAGACUAUGGUGCCGACGUGCUGAAGAUUGAGAAUCCCAAGGGAGGAGAUGACACACGUCUUUGGCGAACUGCUGCGGAAAAAGACAUCUGGAAAGCCACCGAAAAAGACAUUUCGGCAUACUUCUGCACAAUCAACCGUAACAAACGCUCGAUGACAUUGAACUUCAAGCACGAGCAGGGUCGCAGGAUCUUGUUUCGUCUUGUCAAGAGAGCAGACGUGGUUGUCGACAACUUUGUCCCUGGCAAAAUGGAUGAUCUAGGAAUAGGUUAUAAAAAGCUGCGUGAGAUCAAUCCUGCCAUCAUUCAUGCCAGUAUCUCCGGCUACGGGGCAGGCGGCCCAUAUUCCCAGCGCGCUGGCUACGAUGCAAUCGCCGCAGCUGAAGCUGGCUUGAUGCACAUCACCGGUGAAAGGGACGGCCCUCCCACACGGCCAGGUCUAGGUCUCGUCGACAUGAGCACCGGGCUCUUCCUCCACGGAGCAAUCCUCGCCGCUCUGUACAUGCGCCAGCAGACCGGAAAGGGCCAGAAGAUCGACGGGUCCCUAUUCGAAAGCCAGAUCUCACUCCUCACGAACGUCGCAAUGUCCUGGCUAAACGGAGGUGUGGAGGCUCAGCGAUGGGGUACCGCACACCCGAGCAUUGUUCCCUACCAGGCAUUCAAGACCACAGACUCGUACAUCGUCCUCGGCGCCGUCAACAAUCGCCAAUAUCAGCUCUUGUGCAAACUGCUCGAUCGCCAGGAUUUGGCAACCGAUCCCCGUUUCGCAGAAAACACAGACCGAGUCCAGAAUCGGGAUGAGUUGACAAGGAUCCUGAGCGAGAUAAUUGAGAGAAAAUCAACAGAGGAGUGGCUCUCAACUCUCGAAGGAAGCGGCAUGACAUACGGGCCGAUCAAUACGAUUGAAAAGGUGUUUGCGCAUCCCCAGACAAAAGCCAGAGAGAUGGUGCAGAAUCUGCCUUACGAAGCAGCGUCAUCGGGCGAAAUCAAAGUACUCGGAUUCCCGGUGAAAUUCAGUGAAACCAGUCCUGCCAUUCGCAUGGCCCCGCCGGGACUGGGAGAGCACACCGAGGCCACGCUGAUGGACAUGGGGUUUUCACGUGAAGAAGUACAGGAUAUGCGCGAACAGAUGGUGAUUUAG